AUGUGUAACAGAUGUCUUGACCCACAAGAGGAAACACACUUGUGUGAACCAGAUGAGUGCUGUGAAUGCUCAGGAGUAAGUUUGAAAUAUUUUUCAUGACACUUAUGUUAUUACUGUUAAUUCGUUAAAUUCAGCUCUAGAAUGGAUUGCAUGGGACUGACUUUGACUUUCAAUGACAGAUGAAAUUGAUUCUUGAAGAGUAGAGAACUACUGUAAAUAAACUACAAUUUGUCAAAUCUUGAACAGAACUGUACACUGUAAAGUUUCACAUGAUCUCGUGACUCUUCUGUUCUCCACUUCUCCAAUUUCUUGAAAGCAUUUUCUGGGGCAUAGCGUGAGAUUUUGAGGGUGUACCAAUGUGGGGAACAAAAGUUGUAGCACCCAAGGUGGCCCAGCCUAGUGGGGUCUGGAGGGCAUGUUCCCCCAGAAAAUUUUAAAAUUUAGGGUCUUGGAAAUGCCAUUUCCAACGUUUUCCGCAAGACAUUUUCAAUUAAUACAUAGGAAUAUGCAGUAGUUACUUGUUUACUUUACCCAUCUCUAGUGUUGUUGGUAUAAGGUACAAUGUUAAGAGGGGAAAAAAAAGGCCAGUGAUGCCAUCAGAAUUAUGGAAUAAUAAAAGGGUAAUGGGAAUUAUACUAACACAAAAACACCAACAUAGUGCAAAAAAUAAAUGGACGCUACACCCCAGAUUUUCUUUAACAAAAUAAUAUAUGUGACGAAAUCACAAGAAAUGCCACCAUUAAUCAAUCCAUCACUUGUCUCCUUUUGGGUAGCAUUUUUGAACAAAACAAUAAAAAAUGUAAACAUAUAUUUAUAAACACCAGUGAAAGACAAGCUUGGUGAGCUUUUGCACAAAAACGUGAUAUCUACACAUGAGAAAAUAACAUGUUAUCAUGUGGAAAUAUCACUGUUGCUAUGGCUACAUGAUAAAUUGCACCUAUUUUGGCAAGAAACUAUUAAAGUGAAUUUCAUUGGUCUUUAUAAAAUAAAAUAAUAGAACAUUACUUGGUAGCUUGGAGAUACAAAAUUUCUCUUUGACUUUAAAAAAAUAUUUUGCAAGUGAGCUUUGCUUUGCUCACUUGGAAAUAUUUUCAACUCUUGAAGAGAAAUUUCGAACAAUGUAUCUCCUCGUGGCCAUUAAAAUAUCCUUUCUAUAUAUGAAGUGUAUUGUGUACGCUGAUGCAGUAGGCCUUGUGGCAUGCAUGUUGUAUCGUAGUGAAGCUGUAUAAUAGACUAAAUUACUUCUGACAAACAUAAGAAAUGUCACUGGAGAUGGGCAAAAAUAGGAUUUUAAUUGAACAGUUAAGAGUGUGUAACUGAGCAGAAGAAUGGGUAGCACAAGAAUUGAAGGAACCCCAUCUGGACAUUUUCCCCUUUCCCUCAUUAAAGGACUCUGGGAGUUUGUGUGGCUGUGUGGUUAGAGUGCUGUACUUGUAAUCCGGAGGCCCCAGGUUCAAGUUGUGCCCUGGCCACUGGCUGGAUUUGUUCUUGGUAGUUCCAGGUUCAAAUCCUUGGCCACGCUUACAAAUAGCCAACUGGUUCAACUCCUAUCAGCUGAAGGCUGUUGUAAUAAUAUUGUAAUAUUAAUUUCCUUAUUAUUUUAAGUUGUUGGAUGCAUUCAGUGGGUGCCAGAUAUUACCAUGUGCACACAAGAUCCAUGAAGAUUGUGCCAUCACUAUGAUACAAAAUGGCAUGUAAGUCAUUACCAUUACAUUCUUUUCUGUCUCAGUUAUCUUGUUCACUGCUUUAUAUAGUACACAAUGUCACUCAUCCAGUUUACUUAUGCUUUAUAAUGACUGUGCUUCAAAUUACCCAGCUUAACUCAUUCUAUAAAUAUCUGUCUUUAGAGAUCAGGGAAAAAAAUUCCCAAAAAUGUGCGUUACUUCCGAUCAUUUCCAAGUUUGGCACGCAGGAAAUAGACAGAUUGAGCCAUUUACCUGGGUAGUUUCAGCUCUUGACCCUGAAUAUGCUAAUCACAGCAUUUUUUUUGAAAAUGGGAAAAAUUAAAAAUGGCUGGCGAUGUGGGAAAAGUUUACUAUGCUUUUAGUGAUCAAGAAAUACUUUUCGACGGUUGAUACAUUUUGCAAUAGCUUUGGAUGCCAUUUGGUUUAUCAGCUACUGAAUAUUACCUCAAAAAUUGAGACGAAGGAUCAGUGAAAAUCUUCUGCGUCUCAAUUCGCAGAAGAAAGCUGCCAGCCACAUGUUUUUGAGUAUGAUGAGAUGCAUCUCAGUUAUGCUGUUAAUUCCAAAAAUCCUGCUUUUUUUCCUGAAAUAUGUCUUUAACCAACUGCCUCGCUUAAGUGGUAGGUGGGUGCCUGGGAUACCCAGGGGCUUCCAUUGUGGCCAGAUAAAAAACUGCACCCACGGCUGGCAAAUCCCCACAACCCAGCCAUGAGCCCCCAUUCUAGGUACCUGUCACACUGAUGAAACAGUGGAAGGAAGAAAAAUAGGGAUGGGAGUGGGGGGAAGACGCUAAAUGAACCGCUCCACAGACCACUGCACAAACGUUCAAUGAAGAACUUGCAGAUCCUAGCCGUGUAGAAAGCUACCACAAACCAUGUGAGCCUGCAGUUAUGGGAUUGACUGCUGGAUGCCCGCUAAGCUUGGGGGCCGCUUGACCGCUAAGCUUGUGGACUGCUUGACUGCUUAACUUGUGGACCACUAAACUUGUGGACCGCUUAACUGCUAAGCUUGUGAACUGCUUGACAGCUAAGCUUGUGAACCGCUUGACCGCUAAGCUUAUGAACCACUUGACCACUAAGCUUGUGGACUGCUUGACCGCUAAGCUCGUGGUGGUUAACUUAGUUAAAUUACAUUUAACCAAAUUUAAAUUGAUGUUCCUGAGUUCAGAGUUUUAAAUUGGUUGUAAAAAGUCACUAAAAUUACAGUUUUGUGGCAUCCGUCCGUGGUAAAUAAGUCGAGCUAAGUGUUGAAUUACUGUGUGCAAAUGAGUAUUUAACUAAUUUGGAUCUAUAACCUGAUGGUGUCAUAAAAAAGAAGUGAUAGUAACUUAUGUGUUCCCCGCUAUCUACGGCGCAUAAGCGGAUUGUUUUGCUCACACAUAAAAGAAAAACUUCUUUUUUAAAUUUUUUCCUCAAACAAUACAAUAUGUUGCAAAAAUUGCUUUUUCGGUCAGAAUGAAUGCAUAAUAAUAUUUUAAUAAAUACAAAAGUUUGUUAAGUUUUUCAUGAAAUAUUGUGGGUUGCUAUAAAGUGAAAUUUUUUUCUGGAAAGGAUAUUUUCUGCCCUUUCAAAUGAGGUAUAGCUUUCUAUGCUGCUGUAAAUACCUGCUGAGAUAUAUAUUUUUUUAAUUGAACAUAGUAAAUUUCAUCAAUUUUGGACCAGGGGGAAAUGAGUUAAGCUCCUUAACAGCCUGUGAACAGCAACCCUCUGCCCUCAAAAUAAGUCAGGGAGAGAGAUUUUUAUGUUGGCCUACCUAUAUUAUAUGAAAAGGCCACGUAAGUUUAAUGUGGAAAUUGGGUGCCAAAGAUCCUGGUGGCAAAUCCUAUCAUGUAAACUGGCCUUUAAUGAAUUUGUUAUUUUCUUUGCAAUGGUUGAUUAAUUGUUGUAAGUAAAGUGCUAGUAUUUAACAGCACUGGUGUGCUUUGAGGCUUGAUGAAUUCUCUACUAUUUCUGAAGUGUGGCCUUGUAAGUGAAAGUGUGUUUUUUUGUUUGUUUUAUAGUCACACGUGCCCAAUAUGUCAACGUCCAAUUUUCGAUUCACCUGGAUAG